AAAAAAAAACCCAUUUCCAAAACCUUGCAACUCCUUGAUAUUCCAAAGCUCUACCGGAACCAUUUCGGUUUGCGCGAGCUUUCACCAUCUUCAUCAUUGCAUCAUCAUCAUCUUCCAGUUCGCCGGCCACCAUCAUGACUUCCACAUCCUCUUCUCAGGUUCCGUCUGCGGUUUCUCUUUUAAAACCCAUUGAAGUUGAAGGGAGGACCUUUGUUCCAGAACCUCCCAAUGAAGAAGAAAAGAUUAAGAUCUGGAAUUCCCAGGUACUUAUUCCCUUCUCCAUUGGUGAUAAGUUGCAUGCAUAUCUAGGACCUUACCAAACUACUUUCCCAAGAAAUGCAUCUGCAUUCUUUCCUUCACCUUUACCGGAUGAGAAAAUCUUGGCCUUUAGGGAUUCCUACAAUCUGUCCUUUUUAGGUGACCCCCCUCGAGCUUUCCGUUCUUCACCUCCAGUGAAAACGAAUCCCUACAUUGAAUGGUUAAACAAAGUCGAGAAAGUGAAAGGAGAUUUCUGGAAAACUUUAGGGAUUUUUGACAUAAUCCAAUUAUCUAGGUCGAAAAUUGUCUACCAUCCAGCAAUGUUAGCCAGUUCUUUCUUCUUUUGGGAGCGUUCGACCAAUACCUUUCAUACUCCUCAGGGAAUGAUUACCCCUACUCUCUUAGAUGUAGCUGCUAUUGCCGGUCUUCGACCUACAGGUUCUUCUUUUACAUUCGACCGGCCUGUUAAGAAAGAAAUCAAAUUAGACUAUAACCAUCUAACUUACAAAAGCUUCAUUCUGAGAAACCACGACAAGACCUCUGCAAAUGUUUCCGACUCGGAACAUGUAGCUUUCUUGUUGUUCUGGCUUUCUGCUUUCUUCCUUUGUUCCAAGUCUCUUCAAGUUCCUCAGAAAUUUGUGCUUCUUGCUCAACUUCUGCACGAAGGUACCGACGUCUGUUUAGGUAAAGUUUUAUUAGGCGAACUUUACCUUUCUUUGAGUCAAGCCAUCACUUCUCUUCAGAAGCCCUCUGGAGCCGAGAAAAACAUCCUUUUUGCUGGACCUCUAUGGUUUCUUCAACUUUGGCUAAAUGCCAUAUUUGAGACCAAACUCUCAACUCCAAGUCCACAAAAUGUCUCGACUUCUAUUGCUGCUUUUCGACUUAAUUGCUUGACUCCUUCCAAAGAUAAAGUCGAUCCAGAAACCACUUUCCGUGAGUUUUUUACUGCUUUUAUGGAAAUGACCUCUUUUACUCCCGACCUUGCUCCAUUUGCUGCUCCAACUACUGGUCCCAAAUGGCUUGUCCGACCUUUCCCAUGCGAAUCUCCGGGCGAACAACUUGAAAGUAUUAGCAUCUGGAGGGAAUUUUUCCGACCUCAAGUUCUUCCCCUUGGUUUCAAAAAAUCUGAGGUGAACGUGUUGGGUUACCAGCCUCAGCUUGUGGCUAGACAAUUCGGCCUAUGUCAAAUCGUUCCUAUCCCUCUUUUCUCAAAAAAGGAUGCCAUUUGCAACGAAGGGUUUUGCGACAAAGAUGUCGACUCUUUUUAUGAAGCCCUCAACUAUUAUGACAAAAAGACGUCUGCUCUUCGUCUUGAACCUCUGUCUUUCGAACCAUCCUUUUAUUGCACUAAAGAAUUUGAAGUUUGGUGGUCGACCUACUACAAGUCUAUUCAGACCACCUUAGGAGUUUGUAUUGGAAAGAUGACUGAAGCUCUUCAAUCUGUGCAGAAAAAGGCUACAAAGAAAACUCGAGCCGAACCAAUACCCAAGGUUCCAUGUAAGGAAGACGAAGGUUCCGACAAUUCAACAGGCAUUCCAGUUCAACAAAAGAACGUCCCUAAGGCUCGAAAGAGAGGUUCUCAAAGCUCGACUUCGGAUGCUCGAAAGAAAAUAAGAAUUUCGUCCGAAAAGGACGACUCAGAAAGAACUUUGGUAGACCCAAUUCCUGAAGACGAGAACAUUUCUUCCAAGACUGUCGAUCCAGAUGAAGCUGCACAAGACAAUGCUAACUCUAAAGCCUCGGACAUUAACGAAGAGAAUCCACCGAUCUCUUCUGCAAAGAAACGUGCCGGGGCUGAGCCGAAUCAAGAGGAGCAACAAGCAGAAACUGACCAAGAAGAUUCUGGCUCCUCUCAAAGCGAAAGUUCGGGAGCUUCUUCUCCGACCAAAACUCAGCAAGAACAAGUAAGUAUUUUUCGUUCAACACUCUUUUCUUGGUUAUCCCUUAAUCCUUGUACUUACCUUUUGCAUUCUUCUUCAGGAAAAUUCCUCGAAACCAAAGCCCCCUCCUCAAGACCUUGGUGCUUCGGCCGAAAAGUCAGAUACUGAUGAAGACCGUCAGCCUAUCCCUUCACCCAUUGCCAAAGUUUCGAAGACCCAAG